AUGAUGGCCAGAUUCAUUGAAUUCUUGGAAGGUACCGUUUUUAGAUUAAAAUCGAGACAAGAUCUUAUAGGAAGGUUUCAAAAUGAAUCAUUUUGUGAAUUAGAAACAAUAAAUCAUACGAAAUUGAAGAGAGUCAGGUCGAUAUCAUGUUGGAGACCAUACGUUUUAUGGAUAAAUGGGGGCUAUAAGGUUCUCCGUUGCACAGUGAGAAACUAG